GCCCUUUCACUGAUGUCCCAGCCCAUCCAGCCUUAGAAGCGGGAAUGCAGGUACAUCCAUGUCUUUGCUCUUGCAGCUCUGCUGGCCUCUGAGCUCGAUCUUUGGGUCUUGCCUUCCCCUCCACAAGGGUUCAGGUGUACUCUGGUUUCGUUAAAGCUUCCUCAAAGCUUUGGACAAAUCAUGCUUUGCACAGUGAAGAGUCAGACACGCUGCCGGCUGGACAGCUGUCAAGAGGCAACCGAUCAUAGAGCAGGAUGCCGGUGACCUUUGAGGAGGUGGCUGUGUAUUUCACCCAGGGGGAAUGGGCCCUGCUGGACCCGGGUCAGAGAGCUCUCUACAGGGACGUCAUGCAGGAGAACUAUGAGAACGUGAUCUCGCUGGGUUUUCCAAUUCCCAAGCCCAGCGUGAUCUCCCAGCUGGACCGAGGGGAAGAGCCAUGGGUCCCCAAUGUCCAGGGGUCCCAGGCUAGAGAGGUCCUGAGAAACAUCCCCAGAGGUGAUGAGAUUGUGAGCGAAGAGAAUCCUUGUCCAGCAGGUCCUGAGAGAAUGGAACCAAAGGGGACGUUGCUGGGAAGGUGUGAAGUGGAUGAUCCCCAGAGUCCUGGGCAGGGACAAGCCCCAGAAACUCAGUGCAGGCCAGAGAAGCAGCAGGGAAACCCCCCAGGGAAGACACUGGGUGAAUCCACUCACCGAGGGGGAGGUUCGGAGGAUCCCAAUGAGGCCACGAUCCAGCCAAGAACCUGCACUAAGGAGAAGCGGUUUGAAUGUGCUGAGUGCAGGAAACGCUUCAGUUGUAAAGAACACCUUAUUAGACAUCAGAGAUCUCACACAGGAGAGACCCCCUAUUACUGCCCUGAGUGUGGAAAACAAUUCAAUGACCAAUCAAUCCUUAUUAGACAUCAGCGAACCCGCACAGGAGAGAGACCCCAUAAGUGCCCUGACUGCGGGAAAUGUUUCAGUCAGAGGUCAGGCCUUAUUAUGCAUCAGACGAUCCACAUGGGAGAGAAAUGGCAUAAAUGCCCUGACUGUGGACAAACCUUCACUCAGAGAGGGCAUGUGACUAGGCAUCGGAGGACUCACACGGGCGAGAGACACUACGGAUGCCCCGAGUGUGGAAAAAGGUUCGCUUCCACCUCUGACCUUAUUGUACACCAGAGAGUCCACAUGGGAGAGAAACCCUAUAACUGCCCCGACUGUGGGAAAAGCUUCAGUCACAGCCAUCACCUUACUGACCAUCGGAGAAUCCACACAGGAGAGAGACCCUAUAUCUGCCCCGACUGUGGGAAGAGCUUCAAAAGUAAAUCUGGCUUCAAAAUCCAUCGGAGAAGGCACACGGGAGAGUGCCCCUAUCAAUGUUCCAUCUGUGGGGAAAGAUACAAGACCAGGACCUCUCUAACACGCCACAUGAAACGCCAUACAGACUAGUGCCGGCCACUUCCCCUCCUCCUCUCUCUGCAUCUGUAGAGAUGGGAAGAAUCAUGGGGAUAAUGAACAGUUGCCCAAUUCCCUAGAGAAUCAAGUGACACCACUAUUGACGUGUGUGCUGUGUGUCUCAAUAAGAUGGAGGCACCAGGCAAGUGACAUUAUUAUUAUUACUGUAUUGCAGUAUUCUCUAACCCUCUCCCAUCCCUUCCCAGCUAUCUCUGUCAGGGGCAGGCUGAAAGAUUUAGCUGAAGUUCCUUGUCCCUGUUUUCAGCCCGGGGCUCCGUUCACAUUAUUGCAUACUGGGAUUAUUCCUGAAAUUGCCGCCCUGGGAGGCAUUUUCUCCCCAUUUCUGCAUGGGGUGGCAGGGAGAGGUCUGAAAUUUCUGGGAAGUCAGGUGUCUGUGGAGUCUUUAUUGCUCAUUGAAUGAUUUUCUCAGUAUUGUUCAGUUAUUUGUUCCCUCCCCCAAAAUAAGAUGCAAAUAAAACUUCUGGCAAAUCUCAUUUUCCUGAGCAGCCUGGGAAUUUCAUUGGUUCUUGAGCUCUGGGAGGGGGAGAGGCCAAGUGUCCCAGACUGGGCAAUUUGUUUCCCUCUGCAGGAAUCACUCAUUCCCCCAUGUUCAGCCCUUUCACUGAUGUCUUGGCCCAUCCAGCUUUAGAAGCGGGAAUGCAGGUACAUCCGUGUCUUUGCUCUUGCAGCUCUGAUGGCCUCUGGCUUGAUCUUUGGGUCUUCCCUUCCCCUCCACAAGGGGUUGAAUUGGGGCAGGAGAGAAACAGCCUCAGAAAUAGAAUCCAGGAGCCCUGGCCAGGUGGCAGCCUCAGAGGACACACACAGCUGGAGACGAUGGGUAGAUGGACAUUUCCAGAUGGGGAGCAGCCCAUCUCUGUCUCUCCAGCAGCGUCUCCAGCAUCUGUCCCUGCUGCUGUGUGACUCCAGGGCAGAAUUGUGACAUUUCCCAUGGACACAGAGCAGCUGCAGGGCCAGAACAUCCUGUGUGUGUAAGAUGGCAAAGCUGGGUAGGUGGGGGUGAGAAUAAUUUGCCAUGCAGAGACCGUAUGGGAGGGCAAACAUGGGCAGCACGACUGGCUGAGGGAGACUGACAAGAGGCCGGGAGUCGGAGCCAAGGACCCAGGAGUUUUCCAUGUGAUAAAACAUCAGCAAAGGCCAGUGUGAUUCUCAGGCAAAGACAGCCCACAGAGCGGAGCAGGGAGGGGAGAGUCACUCUAGUCUCUGCACAGCUCUGGGGACACCCACCUGGGAGCCUGGACCCAGCUGGCUGCCCUGGGCCCUGAACUGCCAGGAUCCUGAUAUUCCUGUUUCAUGGCUCCCAUUCCGGGGGAUUUCUUAAUGAAACAGGACUGUGCCCAAAGAACUCCUGGGAGGGGAAAGUUGCUUCAGGCACUCUUCUGUGGGACUGCAGAGAACCGGGAAUCUCCCAGGUGUUUGCCAGAUCAAAUUCAUUAGUGCCGUAUCUUCAUAAUUUACCAUACUGCUCAUGAAAUAUGCACACUUUGCAACAGCAGUACAAAAGAUAACAUGGAUAGAGAUCCAACCCUGCUCCCAAAUGCAAAUUACACAUAGAAACGGCCCAUGAGACAAUAAAAAUACACCUACAGAAAUGAAUAUGUGGAUCCAUUUAGUGCAUAAAGAAAAUUAAUUUCACCCAGUUCCUUUCCUGGUUUAAUCACUGACCCCGCAAAUAGAGCAACUGCCCCUGUCACUGAAAUGGACCAAUGUUCUUCUUUUUGAGCCAACAAGGCAAAACACAUCUGUGCCAAGGCUGGAGAGAGUUGCUUAUUGCCCUCCGGUAACAAUGAAAAUUACAAAAUAAUGUGGCAAAUCUUUACCCUGGUGAGACCUGCUUAGUCAUAAAUGGUUGGGCCUCUUCAGUGCCAGGAUAUUCCCCUUCCUCCUGAGUGAGCCGACAGCCUGGUUUGGAGACUUUGCUCUGUAAAUGCCCUCCUUAGGUUAUUACUCUUCAGCAUUUCCAAAUAUUGAACAGAUGGGACCAUUUCAAACAGUUGCUGUUGGUUUGUGUUUGUAGGGAACUCUUUUCAUAGGUUUUAUGCUACAAUAUAAUAUUUUUAAAUAAAAACAGAGUUUUAAACAUAGCUUUACUUUUUCUUACAAUGGAGUAUAGUUAGGCCCUAUUUCUGAAAGGCAGUGAUAAACUCAUUUUAUUUACACUCUUAAGCCUAUAUUGCAAAGGUCUGGAAUUGGUGGUUACCUAUUAACUGCAAUUGUUUGCUCUAAGUUUAAACAACGUCUGAUUAACACACAACUGUAGCGCUACAAAAGUGUCACAACAUUUUAUUGGCACAUACUUACUGCCCCAUUAGUGUCAUAAAUGUUUUUUUCCCCCUUGCAAUUCAAAAACUUUUCUAGGGCACUAGCAAUCAACCAGUUGAACUGAUAGAGAACCAGAAAGAAUGACUGAACUCUCACUGGCUUAAGAAGAACCAUAAAAAACCCCAGACGUGCUAUCAGGAGCCAUUUUUCCUUAGAUCUCUAAGGGUGUGUCUACACAGCAGUUAGACAUCUGUGGUUGGCCCAUGCCCUGUGGUUGGCUCUAGCUCCGGGGCUGUUUAAUUGCAGUGUAGACUUCUGGACGCCAGCUGAGACCUGGGGGGCUGUGAGGUGGGAGAGUCCCAGAGCUCAGGCUGCAGGGAGCUUGGAAAUCUACAGGACGCUUAAACAGCCCCCAGGUCCAGUCAGGUGAUACAGGCCAGCUAUAGAUGUCUAACUAUAGUGCAGGCACUAAGGCUAUGCCAGUGGAUAGCUGGAUAUUGGGUUGCAUGUCUGAGAAGAGUAUGUUCUCAAGUUGAGAAGGGUGAAGGCAGGGGUUCCCAAAAUAUGGGCCACGGCCCCUCACUCCUGGGUGGUCCACUGGUGUAACUGCAUGCUCCAGUCAAGCUCUUAAUAAAUGUUUAAUACCGUGUGACUCAUAUAAGCUAAGUAAACGCUACAUAAAUGUCGUGUUUUGAGCUGUAUAUGUUGGACAGAACAUAGAAUAAACUUUUUCUUUCUUUCUUUCUUUCUUAUUUUUUUUUAAAGAAGCUGCAAUAUGGCCGGUUUAAUUCUCGUGAGUACAGCGGUGCAUAUUACUGCAAAGUGACCUAGCAAUGUACACACAAGUCUGCCAUUUACAACUGUAAAAAACAGCCAGCAGUAUUUCAGUCUAAUCGGGGGGUCACUUUUUUUUUUUGGAAAAGGUUUUGAGAAGGGUGCAUGGGUGGAGAAGAUCAUCAAAGUCAUGGACCAGCUACAGCAAAACGAAAUGAGCCAGCCAAUAACAUAAAGUAAGUGUAAACAUGUAAGAUGAGACAUAGUUGAAGUUUGGAGUCUUCUUUAUGGGGUCAGAUGAGAACCCAUUGCCUCAGUGUGUUAUAAAGCAAAAGGAAACCUGCACGUUGUUUAGUCACAGUGUUAUAGUUUAUACCGAUGUAACAGUUAGGAUCAUUUUUCCUCCAGAAUUGUGAAUACUGGGCCACUGUGCCUAUUGCAGCUGCACAGGCAGACCUCGGGGGAAAAGUUUGGGGACCCCUGGGUGAAGGGCGUAGGCGACCAUGUAGAACAAGUGCAUAAAAUCGUUCAUGGUGAAUUUCUUGUAGUGUUGAAUUCAACUUUUAUAAAACUAUUAGUGGGCAAAAUCCUGAACUUCAAGAAUGAAAAACAUUAUUGACUUAAAUACGAAAAGAAAUCAUUAUCAAAGAGUUCAGGGCCUGCCUGGCAGGGCA